CUUCAAUCCUGCAUAGUAAAAGCAUAUCUGUGAUAGUCAGAGUACGUGUGUGUUCCUUUGUUUCAGUAGAGAUGCCGCGUCAGUUCCCUAAGAUCUCGCUGAGCGAGGUGGAUGAGUCGGUGCGUCUUCUGGCAGAGAAGGUGUACGCCUCGGCGUUGAAGGAGGAGGACACCAAGGAUGCCCUGUCCAUGUACACUGUGCCUGAGGACUGCCCGAUCGGCCUGCACCAGGACCGGGAGAUGGAGAUGCUCAAGGAGAUCGCCGAGCAGUACUCUGAGGAAAGCGUCAAGAGGUCAGAGGGCACAGAAAAACUAAUGGGUCUAAUAGGUCAGGGACACUGGGAGUCAAUUUCAAAGUAUUUCAGUUCAUGUCAAGUCACUGAAAUGAACUGAUCUUCAAAUGUAGACAUUUUCAGUGAGGAUUAUUUUCCCCAAGUGACUUGAAUGACAUUGAGUUAAAAAGGAGACUAGGGUCCGGAAUGUCCACUUAUCCACUUGUAUGAUGUUGGUCUCUCCAGGAAGAAGAGUUUUAAGGUUAAGCGUUACCAGUCGGUAUCUCAGCAGGUCCCCAUUUCCUUCAACAUCAAUCCAGAGUGGGCUAUGUCUGUAGUCACCCCUCUGCUUUCCCCUGGCGCCCCUGUCUGCCCUAGUAUCCCAGAGAACUCCCCAGAGUUCCAGAGGGUCACCAUCAGCGGAGAUUAUUGUGCAGGGGUAAGCGACGUCAUACAAUAAUAUGAUACUUGUAUGAUCUAAUUUAAUCACAUCACAAAUCAUGUCAUAUACUUCAUGCAAUGAUCCCCCAAAAAAUUAUACCAAGGCAAGAGCUAGCUUGGAAACAAUACUUCUAGGAGUUGCCAUUUCUAAUGACAGUGUAUUGCCUAUAAUGGCCUGUCAACACACUUCAUUCCCAGAUCACAGUGGAGGACUAUGAGCAGGCAGCCAAGACCCUGAUGAAGGCCCUGUUCAUCAGAGAGAAGUACUCCAGGCUGGCCUACCACCGCUUCCACAGGACCACCGCCCAGUUUCUCCGCAGCGCUGAGAACCAGAAGUGGAACGUGGAGGACGAGAUCUUGCCAGGUAGAGAAUCACAUUGUACACAUCCAGCAUCAACCACAUACCAGCUACCUGCUCAUCAAUGUGAUAGAUACAGUAUAAGACUUUGGGGCAAAGAGCCCUAGAAACAGCUUUGCCUUGAUUAUUUCUGAAAAGGACUCAUAGGAAAAGUAACUCCAAUUCGAGACACUCAUCCUCUUCUUCUGUCGUUUCCUCUCACUCUCUCCACUCUUCCCUCUGUCCACUUAUUUAAUCCUGUCCUCUGCAGACAUGUGCCCCUGCCCUCGAGAGGGGGAGGACCCGUACACUACGGAGGGCAUACCUGACGACCUGAACUACCCGCUGCAGAUGAAGGACGGCAUCGUGUACGUGUACGACGAUGCAGAGGCCCUGAAGCAGCAGCAGCCCCACAGCCUGCCCUACCCCGACUUGGAGACCUUCGCGAUAGACCUCAGCCAUGUCCUCGCCAUGAUCGCAGACGGGCCCACGUGAGCACCCCACCACCAAUAUCACCACCUCCCACUGUUGCCCAAUUCCCAAUGACCCCUCUAUUACAGUGUUUCUAAUGUCAUCUCAUUCUUCUUCCAGGAAAACCUACUGCCACAGACGACUGAACUUUGUGGCCUCCAAGUUUUAUCUGCAUGAGAUGUUGAAUGAGAUGGCUGAGUUGAAGGAGCUGAAAGGUGUACCUCACAGAGACUUCUAUAACGUCAGGAAGGUUGGUGAUGUACACUACCAUUCAAAAGCUUGGGGUCACUUAUACAUUUCCUUGUCAAUUAAAAUAUAAAAUUGAUCAGAAAAACAGUGUAGACAUUGUUAAUGUUGUAAAUGGCUAUUGUAGCUGGAAAUGGCUGAUUUUUUUAUGGAAUAUCUACAUAGGCGUACGGAGGCCCAUUAUCAGCAACCAUCAGUCCUGUGUUCCAAUGGCACGUUGUGUUUACUAAUCCAAGUUUAUCAUUUUAAAAGGCUAAUUGAUCAUUAGAAAACCCUUUUGCAAUUAUGUUAGCACAGCUGAAAACUGUUGUGCUGAUUAAAGAAGCAAUAAAACUGGCCUUCCUGAGACUAGUUGAGUAUCUGGAGCAUCAACAAUUGUGGGUUUGAUUACAGAAUCAAAAUUGCCAGAAACAAAGAACCUUCUUCUGUAACUCGUCAGUCUAUUUUUGUUCUGAGAAAUUAAGGCUAUUCCAUGCAAGAAAUUGCCAAGAAACUGAAGAUCUCGUACAAUGCUGUGUACUACUCCCUUCACAGAACAGCGCAAACUAGCUCUAACAAGAAUAGAAAGAGGAGUGGGAGGCCCCGGUGCACAACUAAGCAAGAGGACAAAUACAUUAGUGUCUAGUUUGAGAAACAGACGCCUCACAGGUCCUCAACUGGCAGCUUCAUUAAAUAGUACCCGCAAAACACCAGUCUCAACGUCAACAGUGACGAGGCGACUCCGGGAUGCUGACCUUCUAGGCAGAGUUGCAAAGAAAAAGCCAUAUCUCAGACUGGCCAAUAAAAAUAAAAGAUUAAGAUGGUCAAAGAACACAGACACUGGAAAAAAGUGUUAUGGACAGACGAAUUGAAGUUUGAGGUGUUCGGAUCACAAAGAAUAACAUUUGUUAGACGCAGACCAAAUGAAAAGAUGUUGGAGGAAUGCUUGAUGCCAUCUGUCAAGCAUGGUGGAGGCAAUGUGAUGGUCUGGGGGUGCUUUGGUGGUGGUAAAGUGGGAUAUUUGUACAGGGUAAAAGGGAUCUUGAAGGAAGGCUAUCACUCCAUUUUGUUUGCAACGCCAUGCCAUACCCUGUGGACGGCGCUUGAUUGGAACCAAUUUCCUCCUACAACAGGACAAUGACCCAAAGCACAGCUCCAAACUAUGCAAUAACUAUUUAGGGAAGAAGCAGUCAGCUGGUAUUCUGUCUAUAAUGGAGUGGCCAGCACAGUCACCGGAUCUCAGCCUUAUUGAGCUGUUGUGGGAGCAGCUUGACCGUAUCGUACGUAAGAAGUGCCAAUCAAGGCAAUCCAACUUGUGGGAGGUGCUUCAGGAAGCAUGGGGUGAAAUCUCUUCAUAUUACCUCAAUAAAUUGACAACUAGAAUGCCAAAGGUCUGCAAGGCUGUAAUUGUGGCAAAUUGAGGAUUCUUUGACGAAAGCAAAGUUUGAAGGACACAAUUAUUAUUUCAAUUAAAAAUCAUUAUUUCUAAUCUUGUCAAUGAAUACAUUUCCUAUUCAUUUGCUAUAUUUCCUAUUCAAACUAAUUUAAUGUAGGUUUUCAUGUAAAACAAGGACAAUUCUAAGUGACACCAAACUUUUGAACGGUAGUGUAUAGAGUAUAAGAUGUAACGCAAAUAAAAGGGUUGAAACUCCCAUGAUUAGAUGGUCAUACAUUACAUCUCACUGACUCAAGCUGUGCUUUAGAACAAGCUGACAAAAUAUGUCUGUCUUAUGCCUCCUCAUAAAUACAGGUAGACACUCACAUCCACGCAGCCGCUUGCAUGAACCAGAAGCACCUGCUGAAGUUCAUCCAGACCACCUACAAGACCGAGGCAGACCGCGUGGUGCUGGAGAAGGGGGGCCAGAUGAUCACCUUGAAACAGGUGUUUGACACCCUGGCCAUGGACCCCUAUGACCUCACUGUGGACUCCCUGGACGUACACGCUGUAAGAAUGUUCCAGAAACACUUACGUGCUCCAAUGCUUGAAAUAAUAUCACGUUUUUAAACACAUUUAAUAACCUAUUCAGCAUACCGAUUAAACUGUUCAUAAGCAGUUCAUAACACCUUUAUAAUGCAUAUGAAUAUUCAGAAGUAUGUCUUUAAACAAUUGCAGUUUGGCAGUAGGUUCCAUGUAACUUGUGUUUGAGGAUCACAAUGAUAGUGGUGCUAAACUGCCAUUGUUGACAAAAGCAUGUAAUAAAUUAUAAAUGUUUACUCUAUUAGGGAAGGCAAACAUUCCACCGCUUUGAUAAGUUCAACUCCAAGUACAACCCUGUGGGAGCAAGCGAACUCAGAGAGAUUUACCUGAAAACAGACAACUACAUCAAAGGGGAAUACUUUGCACGCAUCAUCAAGGUAUAGGAUCAACUUAUGCUCAAUAUCAACUCCACUAUCAUGGGCAUCUCUAACGUACUGUAAUUCUUUUCCUCUUCCUCUAUAACAGGAAGUGGCUCAUGAGCUGGAGGAGAGUAAGUACCAGCACGCAGAGCCCCGUAUGUCCAUCUACGGCCGCUCCCCUGAUGAGUGGGAGAGCCUGGCCUCAUGGUUCAUCCAGCACAAGGUUCACUCCCCCAACAUGCGAUGGAUCAUCCAGGUGCCCAGGAUCUAGUAAGUGCCACAGGGAGAAGGGAAGAUAAGGGAAUGCUGCUCUCAAUGCUGAUCUCUAGGGUGGUGGUACUAUAAUUCUUCAACCAUAAUGGUCUUUGUAAGACUUCACUAGUUGUAAGUGGCAAUGGAGAUGUGUAAAAUAGGACAUGUUACAUUGUAAACCAAGGUGAUGGUCAAUUUACUGGUUGUUAUUUAACUUGGAACCAAUUGAUUCCCAGCUCUUGUUUGCAAAUACCAAUGGUGGGCCGACACUCUUAGAAAAAAAGGGUUCUACCUGGAACCAAAAAGGGUGCUCCUAUGGGGACAGCCGAAGAACCAUUUUUUCUAAGAGUGUUUUAGUCACACAAAAGAUAGUAGGAAUGGUGCUGCAACUUGAAAAAAGAAAGGCAGUUGUCAGCAUUAUUAUUGAUCAACAAAUAAUUGAAUUUAAUCCAUCAUUAGUCUUACAAUGAUCAAGCAAAUUACAUCUGUCUAUCUAAAGAUAUGUUUCAGAAAUGUAACAUUUUGUCUUGCAGUGACAUUUUCAAGUCGAAGAAGAUAAUACAGAACUUCGCCAAACUGUUGGAGAAUAUUUUCCUCCCACUGUUCGAGGCUACAGUCAAUCCACAAAAGAACAAGGAGAUACACAUUUUCUUGAAAUACGUGAGUAUUUACAACACACAGCAGGGUAGCUCAACUUUAUCAGACUGAUUUUCCAUGUCAGAAAUAGGGAAAUAACUAUAUACAGUGCAUUCGGAAAGUAUUCAGACCCCUUGACUUUUUCCACAUUUUGUUACAUUACAGCCUUAUUCUAAAACGGAUUCAAAAAAAAUUCCCCUCAACAAUCUACACACAAUACCCCAUAAAGACAAAGCAAAAACAGGUUUUUAGACAUUUUUGUAUUCAGACCCUUUACUCAGUACUUGAAGCAUCUUUGGCAGCGAUCACAGCCUUGAGUCUUCUUGGGUAUGACGCUACAAGCUUGGCACACCUGUAUUUGGGGAGUUUCUCCCAUUCUUCUCUGCAGAUCCUCUCAAGCUCUGUCAGGUUGGAUGGGGAGCGUCGCUGCACAGCUAUUUUCAAGUCUCUCCAAGAAUGUUAGAUGGGGUUCAAAACCGGGCUCUGGCUGGGCCACUCAAGGACAUUCAACCUUGUCUUGGAUGUGUGCUUAGGGUCGUUGUUCUGUUGGAAGGUGAACCUUUGCCCCAGUCUGAGGUCCUGAGCGCUCUGGAGCAGGUUUUCAUCAAGGAUCUCUCUGUACUUUGCUCCGUUCAUCUUUCCCUCGAUCCUGACUAGUCUCCCAGUCCCUGCCGCUGAAAAACAUCCCCACAGCAUGAUGCUGCCACCCAGUGGAGGCUCCUCAGUGGAGGAAGGGGAGGACCAUCCUCCUCAGUGAAUUUCAUAAAAACAAAAAUUGUAAAACAUUAAAAAAUUUAACCUUUUUAGAUAAAUAUAUUCACAUGUCACCAAAUAAUUGAUUAAAAUACAAAUGUUUUGCAAUGAAGGUCUACUGUAGCCUCAACAGCACUCUGCAGGGUAGCACCAUGGUGUAGCCGAAGGACAGCUACCUUCUGUCCUCCUCUUGGUACAUUGACUUCAGUACAAAACCUAGGAGGCUCUUGGUUCUCACCCCCUUCCAUAGACUUACACAGUAAUUAUGACAUCUUCCGGAGGAUGUCCUCCAACCUAUCAGAGCUCUUGCAGCAUGAACUGACAUGUUGUCCACCCAAUCAAGGGAUCCGAGAAUGAAUCUAGUACUGAAAGCAUAAGCUACAACUAGCUAGCACUGCAAUGCAUAAAAUGUGGUGAGUAGUUGACUCAAAGAGAGAGAAAGACAAUAGUUAAACAGUUUUCAACAAAUUAAUUUCUUCAAAAAUGAAGGAGAAGCAAGAGAAAGAGAGAUUGUCCUUUUUUUCACAUUCAGUUUCACUUACUUAGCUAGCAAAUGCAGCUAGCUAGUUUAGUUACUCAAACACCUGGCUCAAAGAGAGAUGCUAUGUUAACUAGCUGGCUAUGACUAUCCAACACAACACUGGAACUCUUCCAAGUCAAGGUAAGCUUUUGGUUUUAUUAAUUUAUUGCAACGGCCCGCCAGUGUAACUGCUUACUGACUAUACACUGUAACGUUACUGCAUGAUUGUAGCGGGUUUCUAACGUAUUAGUUGUAUUAGCUAUCAUUAUGUUGACUAGGACGUUACUUUAGCUACAGUGGGGAGAACAAGUAUUUGAUACACUGCCGAUUUUGCAGGUUUUCCUACUUACAAAGCAUGUAGAGGUCUGUAAUUUUUAUCAUAGGUACACUUCAACUGUGAGAGACGGAAUCUAAAACAAAAAUCCAGAAAAUCACAUUGUAUGAUUUUUAAGUAAUUAAUUUGCAUUUUAUUGCAUGACAUAAGUAUUUGAUACAUCAGAAAAGCAGAACUUAAUAUUUGGUACAGAAACCUUUGUUUGCAAUUACAGAGAUCAUACGUUUCCUGUAGGUCUUGACCAGGUUUGCACACACUGCAGCAGGGUUUUUGGCCCACUCCUCCAUACAGACCUUCUCCAGAUCCUUCAGGUUUCGGGGCUGUCACUGGGCAAUACGGACUUUCAGCUCCCUCCAAAGAUUUUCUAUUGGGUUCAGGUCUGGAGACUGGCUAGGCCACUCCAGGACCUUGAGAUGCUUCUUACGGAGCCACUCCUUAGUUGCCCUGGCUGUGUGUUUCGGGUCGUUGUCAUGCUGGAAGACCCAGCCACGACCCCAUCUUCAAUGCUCUUACUGAGGGAAGGAGGUUGUUGGCCAAGAUCUCGCGAUACAUGGCCCCAUCCAUCCUCCCCUCAAUACGGUGCAGUUGUCCUGUCCCCUUUGCAGAAAAACAUCCCCAAAGAAUGAUGUAUCCACCUCCAUGCUUCAUGGUUGGGAUGGUGUUCUUGGGGUUGUACUCAUCCUUCUUCUUCCUCCAAACACGGCGAGUGGAGUUUAGACCAAAACACUCUAUUUUUGUCUCAUCAGACCACAUGACCUUCUCCCAUUCCUCCUCUGGAUCCUCCAGAUGGUCAUUGGCAAACUUCAGACGGGCCUGGACAUGCGCUGGCUUGAGCAGUGGGACCUUGCGUGCGCUGCAGGAUUUUAAGCCAUGACGGCGUAGUGUGUUACUAAUGGUUUUCUUUGAGACUGUGGUCCCAGCUCUUUUCAGGUCAUUGACCAGGUCCUGCCGUGUAGUUCUGGGCUGAUACCUCACCUUCCUCAUGAUCAUUGAUGCCCCACGAGGUGAGAUCUUGCAUGGAGCCCCAGACCGAGGGUGAUUGACCGUCAUCUUGAACUUCUUCCAUUUUCUAAUAAUUGCGCCAACAGUUGUUGCCUUCUCACCAAGCUGCUUGCCUAUUGUCCUGUAGCCCAUCCCAGGUCUACAAUUUUAUCCCUGAUUUCCUUACACAGCUCUCUGGUCUUGGCCAUUGUGGAGAGGUUGGAGUCUGUUUGAUUGAGUGUGUGGACAGGUGUCUUUUAUACAGGUAACGAGUUCAAACAGGUGCAGUUAAUACAGGUAAUGAGUGGAGAACAGGAGGGCUUCUUAAAGAAAAACUAACAGGUCUGUGAGAGACGGAAUUCUUACUGGUUGGUAGGUGAUCAAAUACUUACAGUGGGGGAAAAAAGUAUUUAGUCAGCCACCAAUUGUGCAAGUUCUCCCACUUAAAAAGAUGAGAGAGGCCUGUAAUUUUCAUCAUAGGUACACGUCAACUAUGACAGACAAAUUGAGAAAAAAAAAUCCAGAAAAUCCCAUUGUAGGAUUUUUUAUGAAUUUAUUUGCAAAUGAUGGUGGAAAAUAAGUAUUUGGUCACCUACAAACAAGCAGGAUUUCUGGCUCUCACAGACCUGUAACUUCUUCUUUAAGAGGCUCCUCUGUCCUCCACUCGUUACCUGUAUUAAUGGCACCUGUUUGAACUUGUUAUCAGUAUAAAAGACACCUGUCCACAACCUCAAACAGUCACACUCCAAACUUCACAAUGGCCAAGACCAAAGAGCUGUCAAAGGACACCAAAAACAAAAUUGUAGACCUGCACCAGGCUGGGAAGACUGAAUCUGCAAUAGGUAAGCAGCUUGGUUUGAAGAAAUCAACUGUGGGAGCAAUUAUUAGGAAAUGGAAGACAUACAAGACCACUGAUAAUCUCCCUCGAUCUGGGGCUCCACGCAAGAUCUCACCCCGUGGGGUCAAAAUGAUCACAAGAACAGUGAGCAAAAAUCCCAGAACCACACAGGGGGCCUAGUGAAUGACCUGCAGAGAGCUGGGACCAAAGUAACAAAGCCAACCAUCAGUAACACACUACGCCGCCAGGGACUCAAAUCCUGCAGUGCGAGAUGUGUCCCCCUGCUUAAGCCAGUACAUGUCCAGGCCCGUCUGAAGUACAUUUGGAUGAUCCAGAAGAGGAUUGGGAGAAUGUCAUAUGGUCAGAUGAAACCAAAAUAUAACUUUUUGGUAAAAACUCAACUCGUCAUGUUUGGAGGACAAAGAAUGCUGAGUUGCAUCCAAAGAACACCAUACCUACUGUGAAGCAUGGGGUUGGAAACAUCAUGCUUUGGGGCUGUUUUUCUGCAAAGGGACCAGGACGACUGAUCCGUGUAAAGGAAAGAAUGAAUGGGGCCAUGUAUCGUGAGAUUUUGAGUGAAACCCUCCUUCCAUCACCAAGGGCAUUGAAGAUGAAACGUGGCUGGGUCUUUCAGCAUGACAAUGAUCCCAAACACACCGCCCGGGCAACGAAGGAGUGGCUUCGUAAGAAGCAUUUCAAGGUCCUGGAGUGGCCUAGCCAGUCUCCAGAUCUGAACCCCAUAGAAAAUCUUUGGAGGGAGUUGAAAGUCUGUGUUGCCCAGCGACAGCCCAAAACAUCACUGCUCUAGAGGAGAUCUGCAUGGAGGAAUGGGCCAAAAUACCAGCAACAGUGUGUGAAAACCUUGUGAAGACUUACAGAAAACGUUUGACCUGUGUCAUUGCCAACAAAGGGUAUAUAACAAAGUAUUGAGAAACUUUUGUUAUUGACCAAAUACUUAUUUUCCACCAUCAUAUGCCAAUAAAUUCAUUAAAAAUCCUACAAUGUGAUUUUCUGGAUUUUUUUUUCUAAUUUUGUCUGUCAUAGUUGACGUGUACCUAUGAUGAAAAUUACAGGCCUCUCUCAUCUUUUUAAGUGGGAGAACUUGCACAAUUGGUGGCUGACUAAAUACUUUUUUUCCCCACUGUAUGUCAUGCAAUAAAAUGCAAAUUAAUUACUUAAAAAUCAUACAAUGUGAUUUUCUGGAUUUUUGUUUUAGAUUCCGUCUCUCACAGUUGAAGUGUACCUAUGAUAAAAAUUACAGACCUCUACGUGCUUUGUAAGUAGGAAAACCUGCAAAAUCGGCAGUGUAUCAAAUACUUGUUCUCCCCACUGUAAUAUGGGGACAACGAUGUAGGCAGUGUGUAGCGGUUAUGACAUGGUUUGGCUUGGAAAGGUUUUUUCGCCUGGUCACUUACAGCUGAUGUGUUGUUCAGUGAAGUCCACAAACCGAUGGAAAAGGUGAGAGGAGGAGAGUGCAUAGAGGUGAACUGUGAAAGUGAACUGUGUUUAUUAGUGAUCAGGGGUGUAUUCAUUCUGCCAAACGGGGAUAAAAAUACCUGAAUUUGUCCAAUAGAAGCUCUCGUUUGUAACUGUUGGACUAGAUAAGAUAGAUGCAGGCAAGAGUGUGCAAGGCGGUAUUGAAUGUGUCACUGUCUGUCCUUGUGUCACUGUCUGUCAUAUACAUUUUUUCUCUCGACCUGUGUGCGUACUGUAAGUCAAAAGUUUGGACACACCUACUCAUUCAAAGGUUUUUCUUUAUUUUUAGAUUGUCGAAUAAUUGUGAAGACAUCACAAAUAUGAAAUAACACAUAUGGAAACAUGUAGUAACCAAAAAAGUGUUAAACAAAUCAAAAUAUAUGUUAUAUUUGAGAUUCUUCAAAGUAGCCACCCUUUGCCUUGAAGACAGCUUUGCACAUUAUUGGCAUUCUCUCAACCAGAUUCAUGAGGUAGUCACCUGGAAUGCAUUUCAAUUAACAGGUGUGCCUUGUUAAAAGUUAAUUUGUGGAAAUUCCAGUCAAUCCGGAAAAUGUGAAGAACUUUGAAAGUUUCUUCAAGUGCAGUCGCAAAAACCAUCAAGCGCUAUAAUGAAACUGGCUCUCAUGAGGACCGCCACAGGAAAGGAAGACCCAGAGUUACCUCUGCUGCAGAGGAUAAGUUCAUUAGAGUUAACUGCACCUCAGAUUGCAGCCCAAAUAAAUGCUUCACAGAGUUGAAGUAACAGACACAUCUCAACAUCAACUGUUCAGAGGAGACUGCGUGAAUCAGGCCUUCAUGGUCGAAUUGCUGCAAAUAAACCACUACUAAAGGACACCAAUAAUAAGAAGAGACUUGCUUGGGCCAAGAAACACGAGCAAUGGACAUUAGACCGGUGGAAAUGUGUCCUUUGGUUGGAGUUCAAAUUUGAGAUGUUUGGUUACAACCGCCAUGUCUUUGUGAGACGCAGUGUAGGUGAACGGAUGAUCUCUGCAUGUGUAGUUCCCACGAUGUCACACCAGCCUUCGCUUUGGCUCCCCCUCCUGUCCAGCUCAGGCGUUCGGCGUCGCCAGCCUUCUAGCUGCUGCCGAACCUGCUGCUGGCAAACGCCCUUCACUCAUCAACCCCGGACUUGUCUCGUCAUCAUUACACACACCUGGUUCCAAUCCCCACUCUAUCACUGUAUAUAUACUCCCUCUGUCAUUUGUCUUUGUCGGUCAUUGUAUAUGUAGCUUGUUUUCCUGAGCGGAAUCUCUCCUACUAUUUCUUGAGUACUUUAUAUUUUGCACUGUGGGUUUCGUCCCGCUUUAAGCUACGGUGCUUUAAUAAAUUCAGUAGUUCCAAACCUGCGACUGCCUCCUGCCUACUCCUCUCUACACUUGUGACACAUGAAGCAUGGAGGAGGAGGUGUGAUGGUGUGGGGGUGCUUUGCUGGUGACACUGUCUGUGAUUUAUUUAGAAUUCAAGACACACUUAACCAGCAUGGCUACCACAGCAUUCUGCAGCGAUAUGCCAUCCCAUCUGGUUUGGGCUUAGUGGGACAAUCAUUUGUUUUUCAACAGGCGAAUGACCCAACACACCACCAGGCUGUGUAAGGGCUAUUUGACCAAGAAGGAGAGUGAUGGAGUGCUGCAUCAGAUGACCUGGCCUCCACAAUACUUAAACUCAAUUGAGAUGGUUUGGGAUUAGUUGGACAGCAGAGUGAAGGAAAAGCAGCCAACAAGUGCUCAGUAUAUGUGGGAACUCCUUCAAGACAGAAGGAAAAACAUUCCAGGUGACGCUGGUUGAGAGAAUGCCAAGAGUGUGCAAAGCUGUCAAGGCAAAGGGUGGCUACUUUGAAUUAUCUCAAAUAUAAAAUAGAUUUUGAUUUGUUUAACACAUUUUUGGUUACUACAUGAUUCCAUAUGUGUUAUUUCAUAGUUUUGAUGUCUUCACUAUUAUUUUACAAUGUAGAAAAUUGUAAAAAUAAAGAAAAACCCUUGAAUGAGUAGGUGUGUGUCACGCCCUGACUCAGGGGACUCGUAUAUGUUGAGUCAGGGUGUGUAUGUUCUAUGUUGUGUAUUUCUAUGUUGGUUUUCUAGUAUGUGUAUUUCUAUGUUGGCGGGUGUGGUUCCCAAUCAGAGGCAGCUGUCGCUCGUUGUCUCUGAUUGGGGUCCAUACUUAGGCAGCCUAUUGGCACUAGUGGGUUGUGUUGUGUUGUGUUGUGUUGUGUUGUGUUGUGUUGUGUUGUGUUGUGUGUGUUGUGUUGUGUGUGUUGUUGUGUUGUGUUGUGUUGUGUUGUGUUGUGUUGUGUUGUGUUGUGUUGUGUUGUGUUGUGUUGUGUUGUGUUGUGUUGUGUUGUGUUGUGUUGUGUUGUGUUGUGUUGUGUUGUGUUGUGUUGUGUUGUGUUGUGUUGUGUUGUGUUGUGUUGUGUUGUGUGUUGUGUUGUGUUGUGUUGUGUUGUGUUGUGUGUGUUGUGUUGUGUUGUGUUGUGUUGUGUUGUGUUGUGUUGUGUGUGUUGUGUUGUGUUGUGUUGUGUUGUGUUGUGUUGUGUUGUGUUUGUGUUUGUGUUUGUGUUUGUGUUUGUGUUGUGUUGGACUUCACGUUUCGUUGGUUUGUUGUUUUGUUGGUUGUUUAUUCAUUUAAAUAAACAUGUAUGCAUAUCACGCUGCGCCUCGGUCCGUCCCGUCUGUAAACGACCGUGACAGAAGAUCCCACCAAACGAGGACCAAGCAGCGUGCCCAGGAAGAGCAAAUAGCCAUGUCACAGGUGGGCAAAUGGUGGUCAUGGGAGGAGAUAUUUGCGGGGAAAGGGCCAUGGGCGAAGGUAGAUGCCCAGGUAGGAGAGGUGAAAUGGUGCCAACUGUGCCGACGACGGAGACCCGAGAGGCAACCCCAAAAAAAAUUUGGCCGUGUUUUGGGUCAUUGUCAUGCUGGAAUACCCAUCCACAAUCCAUUUUCAAUGCCCUGGCUGAGGGAAGGAGGUUCUCACCCAAGAUUUGACGGUACAUGGCCCCGUCCAUCGUCCCUUUGAUGCGGUGAAGUUGUCCUGUCCCCUUAGCAGAACCCCCCCCCCCCCCCCCCCCCCCCCCAAAGCAUAAUGUUUCCACCUCCAUGUUUGACGGUGGGGAUGGUGUUCUUGGGGUCAUAGGCAGCAUUCCUCCUCCUCCAAACACGGCGAGUUGAGUUGAUGCCAAAGAGCUCGAUUUUGGUCUCAUCUGACCACAACACUUUCACCCAGUUCUCCUCUGAAUCAUUCAGAUGUUUAUUGGCAAACUUCAGACGGCCCUGUAUAUGUGCUUUCUUGAGCAGGGGGACCUUGCGGACGCUGCAGGAUUUCAGUCCUUCACGGCGUAGUGUGUUACCAAUUGUUUUCUUGGUGACUAUGGUCCCAGCUGCCUUGAGAUGUGCCAGCUGACAAGAUCCUCCCGUGUAGUUCUGGGCUGAUUCCUCACCGUUCUCAUGAUCAUUGCAACUCCACGAGGUGAGAUCUUGCAUGGAGCCCCAGGCCGAGGGAGAUUGACAGUUAUUUUGUGUUUCUUCCAUUUGCGAAUAAUCGCACCAACUGUUGUCACCUUCUCACCAAGCUGCUUGGCGAUGGUCUUGUAGCCCAUUCCAGCCUUGUGUAGGUCUACAAUCUUGUCCCUGACAUCCUUGGAGAGCUCUUUGGUCUUGGCCAUGGUGGAGAGUUUGGAAUCUGAUUGAUUGAUUGCUUCUGUGGACAGGGGUCUUUUAUACAGGUAAUAAACUGAGAUUAGGAGCACUCCCUUUAAGAGUGUUCUCCUAAUCUCAGCUUGUUACCUGUAUAAAAGACACCUGGGAGCCAGAAAUCUUUCUGAUUUGAGAGGGGGUCAAAUACUUACUGAUUUUUUUGUUGUUAUUCUGUCUUUCACUGUUCAAAUAAACCUACCAUUAAAAUUAUAGACUGAUCAAAUACUUUUUUCCCUCACUGUAUAUAAAAAACAGUAUAUUCCUCCUAAUAAUAAAAUGUUGGUAUUGGAUUGCAUUUAUACAGUAGUACUUUCCCCUGGGUCUCAAAGCAUUUUACAUUGUAUGAGAGUUGGUCAAGCAUCAUGUAUGGCAGCCAUUUAGUGCUAAAAUGUUUACAGUGCAUUAGCUAUGGUACCUGCUCAGAUCCAUCCCUCCUGUCCUGUAGGUGACCGGGUUCGACAGCGUGGAUGAUGAGUCCAAACACAGUGACCACAUGUUCUCCUACAAGAGCCCCAAACCUGAGGAGUGGACCUCAGGUGACAACCCCCCCUACAGUUAUUACCUCUUCCACAUGUACGCCAACAUCAUGGUGCUCAACAACCUGAGGAAGUAAGUCACUGCUCCUGACCAGGGUGUCAGGAAAACAUGUACUGUACUGAAGGUAUUCCUAUGUGUAGCCUACUGCUAUGACUAAAGGUAGACUCAGCAAUAUAUAAUACAUACUUUAUUUGUCCAAUAAAAUUGUUAUGAAAAUUAGUCUUCAUGGAAUGUAAUGCGUCAUUCUUUGUUUUCCCUCAGGGAACGAGGCCUCAACACCUUCCAGUUCCGGCCCCACUGUGGCGAGGCCGGCUCCAUCACCCACCUGGUCUCUGCCUUCCUCACGGCCGACAACAUCUCCCACGGCCUCAACCUGAAGAAGGUCAGAAACCUCUACUCUGACCCCUAAUCAUUACCUAUAACAUGCCCAGGGUUGGGUAGUAACGGAUUACAUGUAACAGGAAUUAUAAUCUUUGAAAGCUGUGUUGAGCCACACAGCUCGGAAGUCACCUUUCAGUGGGAAUGGAAGCUUUCCCCUUCUGUCUAAUCUACACUACAUGAUCAAAGGUAUGUGGACACCUGCUCGUCGAACAUCUCAUUCCAAAAUUAUGGGCAUUAAUAUGGAGUUGGUCCCCCCUUUGCUGCUACAACAGCCUCUACUGUUCUAGGAAGGCUUUCCACUAGAUGUUGGAACAUUGCUGCUGGGACUUGCUUCCAUUCAGCCACAAGAGAAUUAGUGAGGUCGAGCACUGAUGUUGGGCGAUUAGGCCUGGCUCGCAGUCGGCGUUCCAAUUCAUCCCAAAGGUGUUCGAUGGGGUUGAGGUCAGGGCUCUGUGCAGGCCAGUCAAGUUCUUCCACACAGAUCUUGACAAAACUUUCUGUAUGGACCUCGCUUUGUGCACGGGGGCAUUGUCAUGCUGAAACAGGGAAGGGCCUUGCCAAAACUGUUGCCACAAAGUUGGAAGCAAAGUAUCGUCUAAAUUGUCAUUUUAUGCUAUAGCGUUAAGAUUUCCCUUCACUGGAACUAAGGGGCCUAGCCCGAAUCAUGGAAAACCGCCCAAGACCAUUAUUCCUCCUCCACCAAACUUUACAGUUGGCACUAUGCAUUGGGGCAGGUAGCGUUCUCCUGACAUCCGCCAAAGCCAGAUUCGUCUGCCAGAUGGUGAAGCGUGAUUCAUCACUCCAGAGAACGCAUUUCCACUGCGCCAGAGUCCAAUAACGGCGAGCUUUACACCACUCCAGCCGACGCUUGGCAUUGCGCAUGGUGAUCUUAGGCUUGUGUGCGGCUGCUCGGCCAUGGAAACCCAUUUCAUGAAGCUCCUGACAAACAGUUAUUGUGCUGACAUUGCUUCCAGAGGCAGUUUGGAACUCAGUAGUGAGUGUUGCAACCGAGGACAGACGAUUUUUAUGAUUUAUGCGCUUCAGCAGUGCCAUUCUGUGAGUUUGUGUGGCCUACCACUUCGUGGGGGAGCCGUUGUUGCUCCUAGAUGUUUCCACUUCAAAAUAACAGCACUUACAGUUGACCGGGGCAGCUCUAGCAGGGCAGAAAUUUGACGAACUGAAUUGUUGGAAAGGUGGCAUCCUAUGACGGUGCCACAUUGAAUGUCACUGAGCAUUCUACUGCCAAUAUUUGUCUAUGGAGAUUGCAUGGCUGUGUGCUUGAUUUUAGAGCCCACUUACUGAUAACUGAAACAUUCAACAUUUAUUCAGCUUCUUUGUGUCAAAAGGACAUUUUUCAUUAGCCAACACAGCUCCACCCUGUUCACUUCCCAAGCACUGGGAUGACACACAUGACAAAUCAGCAGCUUAUUCAGCUAAGUCGAAACGAGUACACUAAAAACCACCUGUCUGCCUUUGCAGACAGAUCUUCGUGUUUUUGCUAACUUUGAAUGGUCUACAUUCAGAGUAUUUGCACAAUUGAUUAUCCAACUCAUGAAAUAAUCAGAUGGAACUUAGACAUGUUACAUCUGUCUAUUGAAGUCUUUAUCAUACCAGACUGUUAUGUUAAGGGUGGAUCAGACAAUAAAGACCUACAAUUCCACAAUCAAAGAAUGAGGAUUGGGAAAGCUUUCCCUGGAACUUGGUGUUACAUCUUUUUUUUUUAACCAAUCAUGAGAAACAGCAGUAGAAUAUACAAUGGCACAGUUUGGUAUAUUUUCUAAGGUUACAAAUGGUGCAAUUUAAACAUGGCAAUGUGUGAAAAAUGUGAAAGGUUGUGGAAGACCAUAAGAACCUCUUUCCAUCCCUCCUCCCACGAUCCCAGGUCCCCAUACAGCUGACCCUCCCAUCCCAACCCCCCUUCUCCAGAUCCCACCUGCCAGGAAUAUAGUGAGACCCCUCCUAGCUGUCACAUCCGUCCCAACAACCCCACCACCAACCCUCCCUCCCCCCUACCCAUGGCCAAGACCAAGGGAGUGUUGACAUCUUUCCAUCUCUCCUUUCUCAGAGUCCUGUGCUGCAGUACCUGUAUUACCUGGCCCAGGUCCCCAUCGCCAUGUCUCCUCUAAGCAACAACAGCCUGUUCCUGGAGUACUCCAAGAAUCCUCUCAAGGAGUUCCUCCAGAAGGGCCUGUGUGUGUCCCUGUCCACCGACGACCCCAUGCAGUUCCACUACACAAAGGUCAGAGCCACUGGGCACUUCUGUAGAUCUGAAAGGAUUGGAUUGGUGUAAGCAAUGUGGCAGAAAUUACAACUAGCCUACCAGAAGGCAAGAUGAAGCUAUCACCAUAAUAAUUAUAUCUACUCAAUCCAGCCGCACACCUACCAGAGAGUAACAAUUGUAAAGUCAGUGUUUGACGGUUAAUCUUCUGUGCGUGAAAUAAAGUAGCAUGUUAGCAAAGAAUCUUUGGGGAAACUCACCCCUGUCUGUUUGUCCAUGCUGCAGGAGGCCUUGAUGGAGGAAUAUGCCAUUGCUGCCCAGCUGUGGAAGCUAAGCACCUGUGACACAUGUGAGAUCGCCAGGAACAGUGUACUGCAGAGUGGUCUGUCUCACCAGGUACAGUAAAUAGAACUGCUUGGUAAAUUGUAGUGUUUUGGUAAACAAUAGUAGUGCCUGCUGACUGUGACAGAUGUUUUCACCCUCCUUAAGCUCAGGAGAACUCACCAGGACAUCACCUCAUAAGUGAUUUAUGUAGCCAUCCCUGACCACCUCAUGUAACUCCUGAGUAUGUCUCAGUGUGCCUUGUCAUAUUUAGUGACACAUAUCCCCCUUUACUCCUGCCAGGAAAAGAAGCACUUCCUGGGGGCCAACUACCUGCAGGACGGGCCUGAGGGGAAUGACAUUAGACGGACCAAUGUGGCUCAGAUCCGCAUGGCCUACCGCCACGAGACCCUAUGCAAUGAGCUCAGCUUCCUGGUGGAGGCUGUGAAGACAGAGGCUAGCGGCACACAGGUCGAGUGACCAAAGCACAGAGAGACCCUUUUCACACUAC